CGGACAUCCGUUGUUUAGAACGUCUCCUUAACAACCGACCUGGAGUCAGACUGCAGAAGUUCUCCGAUGAGAAACGGCUCGAGUCGGGAUGGCUGGAACCGGAGAGAAGAAGGAGGAGGCCGACUACAAGAGGCUGCACAGCUUCCCUCUCAUCCGGCACACCGACAUGGCGGAGGAGAUGAGGGUGGAGACCAUGGAGCUCUGCGUGACGGCCUGCGAGAAGUUCGCCACCAACAAUGAAAGCGCGGCCAAGAUGAUCAAAGAGUCCAUGGACAAGAAGUUCGGCAGCUCGUGGCACGUGGUGAUCGGGGAGGGCUUCGGCUUCGAGGUGACGCACGAGGUGAAGAACCUACUCUACAUGUUCUUCGGAGGCGGCCUGGCCGUGUGCGUGUGGAAGUGUUCGUAGCCCCGCCCCCUCAGAGGCCCCGCCUCCCGCUGACGAGGGAACAAACACCAGCGAUAAUAAACACUUUUUGGAGAUCUUUAAAACAGGAAACACAAUAUUUCUGUUUCCUGUUUCCUCUCUGAAGGGGUGUGUGUGUGUGUGUGUGUGUGUGUGUGUGUGUGUGUGUGUGUGUGUGUGUGUGUGUGUGUGUGUGUGUGUGUGUGUGUGUGUGUGUGUGUGUGUGUGUGUGUGUGUGUGUGUGUGUGUGUGCUGGACACACACUGUCUUCCUUUUUUAGUUUUUUAUUAAAACCUCAUUUUAUUCUCUCUCUCUUUGUUGCCUCUCUCUCUCCGGCCUAAAUAAGAUUAGUAAUAUUUUGUACGUGUACAUAUUAGAGGAAGAAGCCCCGGGAGCCGUUCUCAUGUUCAUGAUCCUGACCCUGUGAGUGAACCUGAUUGUACAAUAAAUAAAGACACCUGUAGAGCUCUG